AUGUUCGGAGAUUCAGAAGACUCUAGUGAUGAGGAAGUUCCACCACAACCAAAACGAUCUUCUUCUUCAGAAGGUGGUUAUGAAGAAGAUGAUGAAGACGAUGAUAUCAAAUCAGAGGUGCGAGAAGUUAAAAAGGCACCACCACCAAGUGAAGAAGAAAAGCAAGCAGAAACCUUAGUGCAAGCGGUCCAGACCGCAGAAGCAAAAAUGUCGACGAUUGCGGCAGUGCCCCAACCACGUCGAAAGAGAUUCAUUCCUAAAUAUAAUGUUGAAGGUGUACACGUGAUAACUAUUGGUGAAGAAACACAAGUUCAAAUAGAAUUGGUAGUCGGAAUCCAAAUUAAUGCACAAUAUCCUUGGAAAACUGUACAGAAAUCUAAACUACUAGAAUCAAUUGAACUUGGGGGUGAAUUAUCGGAGUUUUUUCCGAUACGUAAAGAAAUUGAGGAAUAUCCCGAAGACGAAAUAUUAAUGGGGUAUAUAGUUGAUGAAUCAAAUAACACUGAUGACUUCUACGUAUGUUGCACAGUAGAAUCCAGAGAUCAUUGUAAGCAACAAUCAGACAGAUUUAUCCGACGGCAAGAAAAGAAAUUAGAAAAAGCAAUACAAAAAAAACCAAGACCUUGGAUAGGUUUGGGCAGUGAAAUUGAAAUAAUAGAACAAGAACCAAUUAAUACAAGGACUUUAAUGGAGAUCGAGAUAAAGGCUAAGUUUCCCACUGAAUAUGAACCCCAGAAGUUUAACGUAAGGGACACUGAGGCCGUUAGAGACGGUUUAAUUGAGUUAACAGCGUACAGACAGAGGUUUAAUAAUAUUAACCGUCGAAGAAUAGACUGCGCGUGUCAAAUUAGACCAGUUUACGUAAACCAAGUUGCCCAGACUUAUCUAAAAUUUCCGCAAAAUAAAUGGACUCAAUCUAUCGCAGAUACAAUGGGUCAAAUUGGAGAUCUUGAAGGUGGUGGCGAUGUGGAUUUAGAAGGAGACGAUGAUGACAGUUCAGACGAAGAAAUUAACCGUAGAAAACCACCUAUUGAUGAAGUAGGAUUACGUUCGUAUAGGGCUGCAGCUGCCCGUAUGCGUCGACCAUCUUAUCAAAAAUUGAUGAAUAAAUUUAUGACAUCGCGAGUAGCCGAAAUGGAGUCGAUGAUAGAGUUAAACGCUGUAAUGGAUAUGUAUUACAAUGACUAUCCAAAUCUUGUUACUCAGAAACAUAUCGAUACGCUUGGUACGAUGGCUUUUGAAGAAAUGUAUCUUAAUCCUCCAGUAUUUAUGCUAUCAAAAACUACUUAUGCACCACGUAUGGUGGCUAUGAUAGAGAGAGAACUAAAAGUCAUGACGUCUUUUAUAGAAUGGCAAGCAAAUUUUAUGCAGAAAAAUCUACAUAUUUUAUUGGAAAUAAAAAGAAAAGAAGGUGCACUAUUAGCUGAAAAGGAAGAAGAAAAACGCCGGAAAAGAGAAGAGUUAGAAAAAAUGCAAGAUGAAGAAGCCGAAGCUAAGAGACAGGAGAGAAUGAAAGUUUUAGGUCCUGAAGAGAGAUGGCAGAAAAUCAUACAAAAAUUAAUAGAAAGAACAAUUGCUGUUAAAAAAAGAAUCAACAGAACACUAUUAAUAGAACACGAAAAACCGUUAAGAGAGUUAGAAACACAGCGCUUAGAGAAAGAAAGAAGAAUGUUAGAAAUAAUGAAAAAUCAAAAAACAAUUUUCAAUGACACUGUUGCCAUUCUUUUCCCCGAAGCAAUAAAGAAACCAUAUAAAUCAAAGAAAAGUUUGCUUUCCGAUAACAAAGAGGCGCUUAAAAAGGAAUAUUUAACUGAAUAUCGUUACAUAAAAGAAAAUGCAAAAGUUAUGGUAAGUAAAAACCCAUAUAAAGCAGAUUUUCGGUGGGAAGCUACACUUGCUGAAGGUAAAGAAAGAAGAGCUGCGUUGAAUAUUCAACAAGAUUUUGCGAAAAUGCACUACGGUAGAAUUGAAGGGGAACAAAAUCAACGAAAUCCAGUGAAAGCCCCUGUUAAAACUAUUACCAAAAAGAAAGAAGAAGAAGAAGAAGUAGAAAAAGAGGGAGAAGGAGAAGGUGUAGUAGAUGAAGAACCAACUAAUUAG